UGGAUAAUUACACUUUUGCAAAUCUCCCCUCCCACCCCUGCGCCCCUCCUCUUGGAUUUUGAUCUGAUGACCCAGAUUGAAGUUUGCAUAGUUUGUACGAAGAGAUUGAUUUGCACCUGAUAUGCUCGCUUUAGUAAAGUGUUGAACUUAGUCGCGUCCCACGUGUUAAACUAAAUACUUUACUGAGAUCAAAAGUGUCUUAAGUAUAAUAUGACUUUUGUAGUUUAGAUUAGGACAGGCAGCUGGCAGUUGGGAAGUCGACUUUCCAAUUAAAACCGGCAAUCACCAGUUAAUUGCUUUCCAAUUAAUGAAAUGGAUGGCCCAGAUUUACCGGACGGUUGAUCGCCUAGCUAGGACGUCUAAUAUGGACUGGGUAACUAAAUUUUAGUCCAUGUUUGAAUUCAUAAACUAAACUUUAGGUGGAAAAUUUUCUAAACACGUAAAUAGGUGAAACUAUACUUUAGUCGGAGUUAGGUGGGAUCUUUAAUUGGGAUGAAAAUUUAGUCCAAAGUUUACUCCAUAGAUCGCGUCAGCGUAAACUCGGUUCCGUCGUCAAACCCUCUGAAACCCCACCCCUUUGUUGCGGGCGCGCCGCCGCCAUCCCUGUCCGAAGCCACCCUCAGACCUGCUGCGCCGGCCGGAGUCCUGCUGCGAUCCUUCUGGUUAUUUCCUUUGAUCUCGUUUGACCGAAAACAUUGGCACCUCCCAUGGCGAAGCUUCCCAAUGGUGUCUGCCCUAGCAGCGGCACACCAAGGUCAAAUGAGGGCAUGAAACUCAUAUUUUCGACGUUUUCUGGCGUCUUGUUGGGUUACCUGUUUGUGAUCUCCUUCCCUGCAGUUAGCCUAACCAACUUUGAUCUCCCUUCCUAUGUUAUCUCCUACAUUGAGGAUCGAAGUGCUGUCAUCACAACCCAAACAAUGUGGAACCAUGCAUUGACAUCUGCAAAUAGUCUUAAGGAAAGUUCUGACCCAAAAUAUGACGAAAUUCCCAAGAUUUAUGUUUCUACAAACCCAAAAGGUGCUGAAAGACUUCCACCAGGCAUUGUUGUGCCUGAAACAGAUCUUUAUCCCCGAAAAUCAUGGGGUGAACAUAGUGAGGAUCUUACUAGCCAGCCGAGAUACCUUGUUACCUUCACAGUUGGCAUCGCACAAAAAGCAAAUAUUGACGCAGCAGUAAAGAAGGUUUCGGAUAACUUCACCAUUAUGCUAUUCCAUUAUGAUGGUCGCACUACCGAAUGGGAUGAAUUUGAAUGGUCCAGAAGAGCCAUCCAUGUUAGUGCUGGGAAACAGACAAAAUGGUGGUUCGCAAAACGGUUUCUUCAUCCAGAUGUUGUCUCUAGUUAUGAGUACAUAUUUAUCUGGGACGAGGAUCUUGGUGUCGAGCAUUUCAAUGCAGAGGCGUACAUUGAGCUUGUCAGGAAGCACGGUUUAGAAAUUUCCCAGCCUGGAUUGGAAUCUGACAAAGAACCAACAUGGCGUAUGACCAAACGACAAAGUGAUCAAGAAGUUCACAAAGAAACGGAGGAGAGACCAGGCUGGUGCACUGAUCCCCAUCUACCACCAUGCGCAGCAUUUGUCGAAAUCAUGGCGACCGUAUUUUCUAGAAAUGCAUGGCGCUGUGUAUGGUACAUGAUUCAGAAUGAUUUGGUCCAUGGGUGGGGUAUGGACCUUGCCCUUAGGAGGUGCGUGGAGCCUGCUCAUGAGAAGAUUGGAGUUGUUGAUGCUCAAUGGGUUGUUCAUCAAGCCAUCCCCUCGCUUGGGAAUCAGGGAGAGGCAGUUAAUGGACGAGCACCAUGGAAAGGGGUAAAUGCGCGCUGCAAUUUGGAAUGGCGGUUGUUCCGCACCAGAUUGGCUGAUGCGGAGAAGGCGUAUUACCUGGAGAAAGGGAUCACACCUCCAAAUUCGACAAGGGAUCUGUACCAACUUGGCGAAGCAAGGUGUGUGCAAAGAUGAGGAAAACAAUUGCUGCCAUGGCUCCUGGAGGCAGACAAUCUAAGAGCGUCAGGUCAAUCCCACCACCAGAUGUUAUUCUUGCAGGUUCAUCAAGGAUACUGAAAAGGCUAAAGACAACAGGAGCACCUGAACAGCAUGUGCCGACAUAUCACCGAUCACAGAAAAUAGUACGGUGGUGACAAUGCUGUGCAGGCAGAAUCGCCAGUAGUUGUAGAAAAUCGUUCAAGUCAUCUAAGAGACUGGUCAUAUGCAUAUGCUGGUAAUGACCUGGACGAAGAUGAGACCGAGCAGAAUACAGACCCCUGGCAGUCGGAUCCCAGAUAUGAUGUACCUACACAAAGAGGUGGCCCGAGAAAGGCGAGGGAAGCAACCAGAGGAGUUAUGCUUGACAGUAUGACCAAAGAUAUAGGGAGAAGGUUGCCCGUAACUGUUGCUGAGGGGAACCUAAGGCCGCAUG